UCUUUCUAAUCUUUAGUUCUAUACUACUACUACUUCGUUCUAUCCAACUGAGCUAUUAAGAAAAAAAAAAGAUGAUAAGGGGAAGCACGGGUGUCAUCGGCGUCGUGAACUUCAUAACCUUCCUGGUGUCCAUCCCGAUACUCGGGGGCGGCAUAUGGCUGAGCGUGCAGGCGAACUCGACCGACUGCCUCCGCUUCCUGCAGUGGCCUCUCAUCAUCAUCGGUCUGACCGUCCUGGUGAUAUCCCUCGCGGGCUUCGCGGGCGCCUGCUACCGCAUCUCGUGGCUCCUGCAGCUCUACCUCGUCGCCAUGUUCGUCGUGAUCGCCGCGCUCCUCUUCUUCGUCAUCUUCGCCUACGCCGUCACCGACCACGGCCACGGGGAGGUGGUGUUCGACCGCGCCUUCUUGGAGUACCAGCUGAGUGACUAUUCCGGGUGGCUCAGGGAUCGGGUGUCGGACCCCGGAUACUGGAAUAAGAUAUCGGCGUGCCUCCGCGACGCCGACGCGUGCCGCGGCAUGGCCCGGUACGUUAGGAACACCAAUACCGGAAUGGUUGUGCAUGAGCCCGCAUCCGUGUUCUACCAGAGGGAUCUUUCCCCUAUACAGUCGGGGUGCUGCAAGCCACCGACUUCGUGCGGGUACGCGUACGUGAACGAGACAGUCUGGAACUCGGGGUCGGGGUCGACAGCGUCCAUAGAUCCCGACUGCCAGCAGUGGAGCAACGACCAGCAGACUUUGUGCUACCGUUGCGACUCGUGCAAGGCGGGCGUCCUCGCCACCAUCCGCCACAGCUGGCGCAAGGCCUCCGUCAUCAACAUCGUCGUGCUGGUCAUCCUCGUGAUCGUCUACAUUGUCGGGUUCGCCGCGUACCGAAACGCGAGAAGGAUCGACAACGACGAGCCCUUCGGAGAGAGCAGGAUGACAAAAGCAAGGCCUAGCUCAUUCCGCCUUUUCUAAUAAUAGCAAAUCUACGAGCAUUUUACAAUUUAAUAUAUUUUAAGUGCAGUUAACGAGUUAAAUUUUAUAAAGUUGAAUCGCUAGUUAUCUAGCUGUUUGAUAUUCAGAAAAGUUGAUUCAUCGACUGCGUAUUCGGGCAACGAGCUGAGGCACCAACAAUUAACAUUACGGUUAAGAAAAGCUCCUGUUGCUUGAACGUGUUGUCUAUAUAAGUUGAGAAAAUAUAUUUAAUUUGGAGCUAAGUAGGUUUUAUGUGUAAUCUAUAGUGCAAAAGUGUUCACAUUGUUGGCCAAUUAGGAUAGAGAGGAAGAGAAUAUGUGAAUUAAGCUGUGUUAAGAAUUUGGUGUGCUUUUAAUUAUCCUCGUUGUGUUCGCUGCAAUUGUGUUCGAGUGUAAUUAAAUCUCCAAUAUUGUUGUAAAUUUGUUGGACUUGAAAUUUUAUUUUUGUCUUUUAAGUUGCUUAAGAGAGGAAAUGAAUCCCAUAUUUUACAAUAUGGACAUUUUUCUAUU